CGCGCAUUUCCAUUUUAAACCGCCACCCGCCCCUCGACCGUCCGCGGCCGCCGGAGCUAACCGCGCGCCCGGAUCCCCGGAAGAGGCUGAGGCUGCGGGACCAACGAGCUGUGCAGGAAAAGGCCGUGGGAUGCGCUUGGACCCUGCGCCCUAGACAAUGAAGCCGCGGGCGCCACCGCCCGCAGUGGGCCCUGCGCGCUCAGGCCGCACCUGCCGGCGAGGCGGGUUCCGCGCUUGAGCGCCUGCCCGGUUCCCCAUGGCUCGGCUCCCCGAGCGCGGACCCCGGUACUCGGGCCGCGUGGCGCGCGGGCGGGCGGACUCCAGGGGCGCUGUUCCCGCAGCCUAAGCGCGGGCCUCGCUGCGUGCGGGGGGCGUGGGCGCCGCUCCCUACCGACCAGGGCUCUGCACCUGGCCGGCUCUGCGCCCACGGCGCGCGUCCCGACGGCCGGCGGCGCUGGAUGCAGUCGAGCCUCGGAGGGCGGCGCGGCGGCCGCGGACCCUGGGGACAUGUACCUGCUGGACGGCAGCGGCGAGCCCGCGUCGCCUCCCGCGGACGCGAUGCCCCGCGGGACGCCCCCCAGGAAGACGGUCUACCGCAUCUCGGUGACCAUGGUCAGGAAGGAGCAGCUGGCCGCUCCGACUCCGCGCCCCACACGGCGGCCGCGGCCCGCGCGUUCCCCGGACGCUCCUGGGCGGCUGGAAGAGGAGGCCGAGGAGGCGGCGGCUGAAGAUCCUGAGGCCGGGCCGCGCGCCUGGGACUUCCGUGCCUUCCGCACACGCAGCACCGGGCAGCUGGAGCUCGGGCGGCUACGGCCGUGCACACGCGGCGCGGAGCCUGCAGACCUGAUGGGCAGCCCUUCGGCUGAGCGGCCAAGCAGCCCCGACGUGGAGGAGGCUCGGGCCGCGCCCCUGCGGCGGAGCCUCAGUUUCAGGCACUGGAGCGAACCCGAGGCGCCGCGGAGCCCCGCACUGAGCGGCGGAAGGCGCCACAGCAGCUCUGGGAGCCUGGCAUGGGCGCCCGACGACGAGGUUGAGGCGGAGGACUCCCCGGAGCCAGUGGCCGGAACGCAGCCCGUAGCGGAGAAGCGCAACACCUUGGAUGUGGGCGAGGUGCUCAGCAAGAAUGAGGCGCUCUCGGAUCUGGAGCGCUGGGAGCGCAGCAAGAGCAAGAACCGCACGCUGGACAACAGCGACCUGCAGCGGCUAGAGCGCGCUCGGGCCGCGGCCGCCGGCCCCGGAGCAACCUCGGAGCACCGGCUGCUGCGCUUUUUCAGUGGCAUCUUUGCGCGUAGGGAUGGCGGGCCCUCUCCCCGAAGCGGCGCCCUGCGCUCCCGUGGUUACUUCAGCCUGCGGCGGGCCCCGGCCGACACGCAGUCGUCCAGCGCAGAGAGCAUCGAGGGGUCCCCUCGCAGAGAUGCUUUUGUGAACAGCCAGGAAUGGACUCUCAGCCGAUCUGUCCCGGAGCUCAAAGUGGGAAUCGUGGGUAACUUGGCCAGUGGCAAGUCUGCGCUGGUGCACCGAUACCUGACAGGCACAUACGUGCAGGAGGAGUCUCCAGAAGAUAUGGACGCAGGUGGCAGGUUCAAGAAGGAGAUUGUGGUUGAUGGACAGAGUUAUCUACUGCUGAUUAGGGAUGAAGGGGGCCCCCCAGAGGCACAGUUUGCCAUGUGGGUGGACGCGGUCAUUUUUGUCUUCAGCCUGGAGGAUGAGAUCAGUUUCCAGACUGUCUACCACUACUACAGCCGAAUGGCCAACUACAGGAACACCAGUGAGAUUCCACUCGUGCUGGUGGGGACCCAGGAUGCCAUAAGUUCCACCAACCCACGGGUCAUCGACGAUGCCAGGGCACGGAAACUCUCCAACGACCUGAAGCGGUGCACGUACUAUGAGACUUGCGCCACCUAUGGGCUCAACGUGGAGCGGGUCUUCCAGGACGUUGCCCAGAAGAUUGUUGCCACGAGGAAGAAGCAGCAGCUGUCCAUAGGCCCCUGCAAGUCCUUACCCAACUCUCCAAGCCACUCCUCUGUGUGUUCUGCGCAGGUGUCAGCCGUGCACAUCAGCCAGACAAGUAACGGAGGUGGGAGUUUAAGUGACUACUCCUCCUCAGUCCCUUCGACCCCAAGCACCAGCCAGAAGGAGCUCCGGAUCGAUGUCCCUCCCACUGCCAACACCCCGACGCCUGUCCGGAAGCAGUCCAAACGCAGGUCCAACCUUUUCACAUCUAGGAAAGGGAGCGACCCAGACAAAGAGAAGAAAGGCCUGGAGAGCCGUGCGGACAGCAUCGGGAGCGGGCGAGCCAUCCCAAUUAAACAGGGCAUGCUGCUGAAGCGAAGUGGCAAGUCACUAAACAAAGAGUGGAAAAAGAAGUACGUCACCCUGUGCGACAACGGCGUGCUGACCUACCACCCCAGUUUACACGAUUACAUGCAGAAUGUUCACGGCAAAGAGAUUGACCUCCUGAGAACCACUGUGAAAGUGCCGGGAAAGAGGCCACCCCGAGCCACGUCGGCCUGUGCACCCAUCUCCAGUCCCAAAACCAAUGGCCUGUCCAAGGAUAUGAGCAGUUUACACAUCUCACCAAAUUCAGGGAAUGUCACUAGUACGUCUGGGUCUCAGAUGGCAAGCGGCAUCAGCCUGGUCUCCUUCAACAGCCGACCCGAUGGCAUGCACCAGCGCUCCUACUCAGUCUCCAGUGCCGACCAGUGGAGUGACGCUACAGUCAUUGCAAACUCAGCCAUCAGCAGUGACACGGGGCUGGGUGACUCGGUGUGUUCCAGCCCAAGUAUCUCCAGCAGCACCAGCCCCAAGCUUGACCCGCCCCCUUCCCCCCACGCCAACAGAAAGAAACACCGGAGGAAGAAAAGUACCAGCAACUUCAAGGCUGACGGGCUCUCGGGCACCGCUGAAGCCAAACGCAAAGCAUGGAAACUAAACCGUGUUGGUAGCCUGCGAAACAUAUACAGCAGCAGCAGCACCAACACCGAAGAGCAAGAAGAAAACUUUGAGUUUAUCAUUGUGUCCCUCACCGGCCAGACAUGGCACUUUGAAGCCACCACAUACGAGGAGCGAGAUGCAUGGGUCCAAGCCAUCGAGAGCCAGAUCCUAGCCAGCCUGCAGUCCUGCGAGAGCAGCAAGAAUAAGUCCCGACUAACCAGCCAGAGCGAGGCCAUGGCACUGCAGUCUAUCCGUAACAUGAGAGGGAACUCCCACUGUGUGGACUGUGACACCCAAAACCCUAACUGGGCCAGUUUGAACUUGGGAGCCCUCAUGUGCAUCGAGUGCUCAGGGAUCCACCGGAAUCUUGGCACCCACCUCUCCAGGGUCCGAUCUCUAGAUCUUGAUGACUGGCCCAUGGAGCUGAUCAAGGUGAUGUCGUCUAUCGGGAAUGAGUUGGCCAACAGCGUGUGGGAAGAGAGCAGCCAAGGACGGACAAAACCCUCAUUGGACUCCACAAGGGAAGAAAAGGAACGAUGGAUCCGGGCCAAGUAUGAACAGAAACUCUUCCUGGCCCCACUGCCAUGUACAGAGUUCUCCUUGGGCCAGCAACUGCUGCGUGCCACCGCGGAGGAAGACCUGCGGACCGUCAUCCUGCUCCUGGCACAUGGGUCCCGGGAUGAGGUGAAUGAGACCUGCGGGGAAGGCGAUGGACGCACAGCAUUGCACCUGGCCUGCCGCAAGGGCAGUGUGGUCCUGGCUCAGCUGCUAAUCUGGUACGGGGUGGACGUCAUGGCUCGAGACGCCCACGGGAACACAGCACUGGCCUAUGCCCGGCAGGCCUCCAGCCAGGAGUGCAUUGAUGUGCUGCUCCAGUAUGGCUGCCCCGAUGAGCGCUUUGUGCUCAUGGCUACCCCCAACCUGUCCCGGAAGAACAACAGCAGGAACAACAGUAGCGGGAGGGCGCCCAGCAUCAUCUGAGCUCAGCCUACACUGCGCCUGGGAUCCCAUGCCCGCCUGCUCCGGAAGUCACAGCAUGUGAGUUCCUCAGUCCCUCCCUCUUCCUGGUGGUCACUUCCACCCACCUGCCACUCACACACCCCACAUGAAGUCUCCAAACCUGGACAUCCUCAAGGGGAGAAGAGGAGGAUGGAGGCCACAGAACCGAACCCUUUUCCCACACUCCGGAAGCAAUGUAGGAGGGACUGACAACCUCCCGACUUUGAGGAUAGCACACGACGAGGGACCCCUGUUCCACUGACCUGGAACCCGGGGGAGGGGUAGCAAGGAGAAGGGGCAGCUUCCCCUAACUGGCAGUUAAGCACAUCAGUACAUUUCACCUCGACCAAAAGGAGGCUUGGAUUUCACAUCUUCUCUGGGGAGCUUGACGGCAUAAAUCAGAAGCCAGCACAGUUUGUCAGGUCUGAAGCCCCUAUGAUGGUAGGUGUCAAAUCAGUUGUAGCUAAUCUGUCCAGGGAGAAUACUGGCUUCAUUACACUUGUAUAGUCGAGUUCCUCCAGCAUUACCGCUGUUUAAUAGGACGUGAUUAGUCAUCACCGGGAAGAAGGCGUAUUAGCCGAGGAGGUAGUUACACGGCACGCUCCGGUGAUUGCCACAAUGUGAUUGCUGUGCGCUUAGAAGCAUCAUAUUAUCCCAGACAUGUCUCUCCAGCCCUUGGAGCCCUCCUUUCUAAAUUCACUGUCAUAAUUUAGUAUCUGUUUAAUUUUUCAGUCCAAAGAGAGGAAAUCAGUUGCUGGGUAUUAUUUGACUGCAAUCUCCUUCCUUGGUGCAAAAACAAAAUGGAAAAUAAAUAAAUAAAUAAGAAUAACUGGGAAAUUCGAAAAGAAAUCAUGAAUGCAGCUGAAAAUAGCUUUUCGAGUAUGCUCCAAAACUAAGUAAAUACACAAAAUGCUAUGUUUUUUUUCUAAGAGAGAUUUUCUGUCCUUUGGCCACAGUGGAUGUAUCUGGCCUCAGUCACUCCCAUUCCACAAGGUCUGAGUUGCCCAGGUUUCUGUCGUAGAGAAGAUGUGUGGAAAUCUAUUUGAAUAAAAGAAGUUCAUAAACAUGCAUUGAUUUUUGUGCGGACACAUGGCACCUCUGUCAGUUUCUAAGUUGAGCUGGACGGGCACCAAUAAUGUGCAGCUAGUUGAGAUCCGAGGGUGACAGAUCAGUGCAAUGGGAAGUGCCCCCAGCAGCAAGCACUUCCGUGAGUGUGGCGCGCAGCUCUUGGAAAGGCGCUUAUCAGAACAAGAUGGUGGGACGAUUCGCUUAUUAAAGCCAGGAAGCGAAGGGGGACGAGUGGGAAGGAGCCUGUGAGUCCACAUCCCGAAGGCAGGAUGGAGAGCCAAGGCUACUCUUCCCAACCAAAAGCGAGGGGCUGUGGCGAGAAGGGGUGCUUGCCGGCACCCUGUGAGCAGCUGCCCACCAUUCCGGCACAGCUGGCUCCUAAGAGCGUGCAGACUCUGUGUGCUCCGUCCCGUCUGUUUCUAACGUGUGACUGAUUUGCCAUCGUGGGCCUCAGGGUUCAUCAGACACCACCAGCCACCUUCAGCACGGUGGUAAGAACACCAAACUGUGACACUAUUUAGUUUAAAAAAAAAAAAAAAAUGAGGGGCACCCUUGCCAGAGAGCCCCCGUGGCAGUGUGGCGGGAAGAAGGCCGUCACACCGGAAGACUGGGCAAAGCCACCCCCUGGCAUCCUGUGGAGAAGCUCCUUGUUCUCGUAUAUUGAACUUUAUAUUUUGUAAGAGUUUUUCCUCUUCUUUCACUUUUUAAAAAAAAAAAUUAAAGUAGACGGGAACGAAAGUAAAGCUUUAGACAGCAUUUCCAUGUGGGUGAGUGUCUCGUGGAGAUCUCCAGUCUCAGCGUGGCUGGGACUGACCAGGAUCCAAAAAUGUCACAGGUGCAAAAGCCACAGGCCUGAGACUCCUGAGCUCAGUUCCACAAGCCCUGUGUUUGGUUUUUCAUCCUGCUCCUCAUCACUGUGUCGUUUCUUUCAAUGUGAAUAGAGAAAGCAAGCUGUCAUUGCCUAUUUUUGAAGAAUGCAUUAGCACCCAACCCUGCAAUCCGCAUUCGCCUCCACGUAGCCUUUACCAUAGACUUCUAUAGAGAACACAGAUAGAGUAUAAAUGAGAGUCUUAAAUUAUUUCAUUGUAGUUAAUUCCCACUAUAGGAGUGCUUUUAUCAUAGGGGAGCCUGCUUCAGAAGGGAAAUGGAGUCCUUCCUGAGGCUUCUCUUCGGGGUGUAUAUGAGUGUGUACAUAUUAUUAUGUUUAUAAUAUGAUAUUUUCCCCAUUGGUUCCUUGUUUCACAUCACCCUCCACUGUCCAAAUGCUCAGUUGCUCGCUCUGGUUGCCCCUCCCCCUCCCUCCCUCCCUCGGUCACUCUGACAUCAUCAGGUCUUCCUCAGAACACACGGCCCCUCCCCUGCCAGUUUUAGCUGUGCUGAACUGUCCAAGGGGCAGCCCCCUUUUCCCAAGCCUGAGUUCUGACCACAGGUAGAAUGGUGGUAGUGGAGGGUUCUCUGCAGAUGAAGGAGAGAAGCGGCCUAACCUGUGCCUGUAGUUCACCUUCAGACCCAGGGCCUCCCCUCAGUGAGAACCUUCUUUUUCCCAUUUACAAGCCAACCACCAAGGCUGCAUGAAACCAGGAGCAGGGUCGUGGGGAAGGGAGCUGGGGUUUCUGGAGAGCUCCGACACUAGGCACUUGAUAAAUGCAAGUCACUUUUUAAAGGAGCAUGUCAGAAUAAGGUAGUGGGACAGUGGCCCAGAGAAGCGGGGGGGGGGGGGGAACAGGUGAGUUCUCAUUUUGGAACACAGCGUCAGAGCUGAGCCUCCCUGAGGAGCCCACGGCAAGUCCCUGCAACCUUUGUGUGUGUUCAGGGUGAAUUUCUCUUGAUGAGAAGUAGCCAGCUGGGGCGGGCAGCAGACUGGCCUGUGAGUUGCCCAUCAACUGUCCCGGGGGCAGUCUAGCCUGUGACUACCCCUGCUAACCCCUAAUGCCCUUCCCCAGGCCUGUGCACGAUGUCAGGGCUGGGAAGUGAAGCCCUCCUUAUACUCGCCACUGCUGAGAAAUCCCCUCCAAAUUUUUUUUGUCUUGUUUUCCGGAGAAAAGCCAAGCGCUACUCUCCUAAGGCCCCCGACUGUCACUCAACCUCCAGAUCACCUCUGCUGUGGGUCCUCCACUCUCCUCCCUGCAGGUCCCAUGAGGCUGCUGGGACAUGCACACCAUCAGUGCCCCGUUCCCGUUAACUUUGAGGAUCCUAGCACCUCAGGCCUUGGGCUUCACUGCCCAAUAAUCCCCAGAGGAACUUGCUCAGAGCACUGCGUGGCAUCCUUCUCUGUCAAGACCUGUGGUUGGUGGGUUGUGACUGAACCUGGUGCCAAGGUUGCCACCAUCUUGCCCUGAACUCAGGCUGUCUCACGGCUGAGAUGGGCGCUCUCUACCCCUCCUGGGGACACGGCCCACAGCUGCAUGGCUAGGAGGCGUGUGAUCAGGGCCUCCGAGCUACCAGCAGGGCAGAGGGUUUCAGAAGCAAGCCCAGGCCUUUUGCUGGGCCUCAGCUCCUCUGUCUCCACUGGUCACACCCUAUAAAGUCCUUGAGGCUUUGCUAGACCUCUGCCAGGGUUGUAUUUUGACUUUGAAACAAACAAAUUGAAAGGCAGUCAGGAAGGAAUUUGUGCAUCUACAGAGUUUCUCCCCCACUGCUCCUGUUGUGAAGGCACAGCUGGAGGUGAUUCUGCUCUCGUACUCUCUAGAAAGCUGUCGGAGGCCAUGGGUGUCUCACCAGUGUGCAGCCUCCUCCACUGUGUGUGUCUCUGCCAGGCCUGGCUACCACACAGCGGGACCAGGAGACCCACGUGACCCAAUUCUCUGUGCCUGGCCUGUUUGGGGGCCUUAAAAGCCACACUGAGGAAGAUGGGUUUUUAGCCAAAAUUUAACAUUUCUCCUUGAGAGGUGGGAGAGGGAGGGGGAGAGGCCCAGCCACUCUCUGCUGGUAGCACAUCCAGGCAGCACUAGUCCUCAGACUUAGUCCCACCCUAGAGCUAAGAAGCAGCCACCUCAGCUCAGAGAAGCCAGUGCCACAAGUCAGGGCUCACCUCUCUUCAUGGAGAAAGAAACGGCUGACCAUCUUGGUGUUUCAAGAUGCAGUCUCUUGCUGCUCGGGAGCUCCGGCCCAUGCUUUUUCAAAUGCUCAGAUUUCUGUUUAGUCUCUGUGCCUGCUGCUCCUUAAACAGCGGUUUGCCCCUGGGUCCGAGUUGAAGAGAGAGCAGUUCACCAUUUCACCGUAGAUGACUCUAGACGGCCCACAAAGCUUUGCGUCCUGCAGUUUCAGCAGGCCCAGGUCAGGCGCGCACAUGCCAUCAGCCCGUGACUCCUUGCCCAAGGCAGUGUGCAGUGAGGGUCCAUGGAAUAGCCGGCCGCCUGUUCCUCAUCUCAAGAGACCACUUUUCCUAUAGAAGAGCAGUAUUUAGUUUGGGGUUUGCUCCUGUCUGGUCAAAGCAUUCUUCACUGAGGUCUCUCCCGUAGUGAGCCUCAGGUGAGUGUGGGCACCCAGCACUGGCAGUCCACUAGGGUCCAAGCUAGUGGCCUUGGUGAGCAGGAGAGAAGUCAGCUCAGGGCUCGUCUUUGUUCUGCUGGGCACAUGGCAUCUGCAGGGGACCCCCCCAGGGGUCAUGAAUCAAGCCAUAUGAUGGACUCUCCCGCCAUAAGGGAGAACUGAUCUGGAAUUCUGUGUUCAGGGAAUCACAUAGUCUUCGUCUUGUUUCAGGUGGAAUGAAGGAACCAAGAGGUGUAAAUGGGUGGGGGGUGGGACUAGGCCCAGAGGAGAGCCCCAUGACACACUGCUGCUAGGAACAACCCUAAGAUCACUUCAUACCCCAGUGUCCAGGUGCAGGACUGCAUCCACACUAGCCCACGCUAACGUCGAUGUUAGAGAGGGCUCUCAGCUGCUUGCAAAAAGACAAACUUAGCCAACUGCUGGUGGGUCUCGUGGACUCACUGAGGGCAUUGAGUAGAAAGACCCAUGUGGCCCAAAACAGAAUUGUCAACAGCCCUCUUAUCCACAGCUGAGGGCUCACAAAAUACCUGACCCACUUGGCUCAUCGGGAUGGGCAGAGAAGGGACCGAGGACGCUGUGCGGUCCAAAUGUGGCUUCUGGUUCUUUCUCUCAUGUGCACAUUGCUCACCUACCAGGUCCUGCCAUUUUCUUACCAGGGGUGUACUGAGGAUACCCAGGGCAGUUGAGUGGAGACCAGGUUAUUGUAUAAUGGACAGGCAAAAGAUACCUUUGAAACGUCCCUGUGACCAGAAGGGAAAGACAGCUGCACCUCCCUGUUGAAAAUAACCCUUCUCUUAUAUGUAAAAACACCCUUUUCCCUCCCCCACACUGUGGAAUUUUUUGUGUUUGAUUUUGAGGGGGCGGUGGUAGUGUUCUUCUAAAACCUAUCAGUUCUCAGAUGAGAACUGGUCCUCCGGCCCUAAGCCUGGGGAACUGAGCUCCAGGAAGGCACAGAAGGUGGCUGGCCUCUUCCAACGGCAGAGGACAGAGCUCCCAGCAUCCUCUCUCUUGCCCUCUUCCCAUUCUUUCCCCUAGUCCAUCCUGAGUCCUCAUCUUGCCACAGCUUCUUUGCAAAGAGAAAACCCAGGCAAGGCAGGGCACAUUUCUGGGUGGGGGCAAAGAAGGCUACAUAGAAGCACAGUGGGGGCUUCUCCAGAGGUGGGUGUCUGCCCGGGGCAUUUUGGUAUUACCUCAUUCCAUAACUUUAUGUUUCCCAGUGACUGAUGCUUUAUUUAUGCUUGUUUGUCCUGUAAUUAAACCAUCCACAGACAUUUUGCUUUGCUUGUUCGGGUUAAAUAUGCUGGUUUGUAUUUUCCUGCCUUGGGAUUUUGUGUCAGGUGUACAGUAUUCUGAGGGGAAAGAAAAGGAAAAGCGUGUAAAGUAACAGAGAGAGGUGGCUAUAGUGUAGAGACCUCUUUCUAAUAAAGAAAUGAAAAUAUGUA